AUGGGAGAGAGAAGACCUUCUUCACGAUUGGAGUCCCUCCCCGACGAGCUCCUAAGAGAUAUUAUCUCACGUGUUGCCCGUUCAGACAGGACUGACGUCCGCAAUGUGAUGGUCACAUCAACCGAGCUCUCAAUCCAUGCAAAGGACCGCGAAGUUCGGAAGAGUAUCAACCUAAGUGCAUUCACACGUUUCCCACGAUGGGCCGAGAACUUCGAGAAACUGAUGGAGAAGUGCGCCGACGGGGGGAACGUAGAAGCACACUACGUCAAAGGGAUCCGAGAGUACUUCCUGCAGAAUAACGUAGCUGUUGGACUCAACCAUUUGAAGAAAGCCGCUGACGGUGGGUAUGAUGAUGGUAUUUAUCUAUAUGUUAUACUAAUGUUGUGCAAUGGUGAAACUGUGGAGGGAAAAACUUACUUAGACAAGCUAGAGUGGACAAGAAACAUGGCGAGAGGUGAUAAAUGCUGGAGAAACGUUAGAAGAUCCCUUGAAGCCAUCCUUGUGAUUAGGAAAAACAAGUACGUGACAAUGCUAAAAGCAAGCAGGCCGCGAAAGGAAUGCAAGGUCAACGAUAUGGACACAAGAUGCGAGAAGUGCUACUACUACAAGCAGAUGAAGAUGUUUGUCAACAUCCGUAGUCUGUACAUGUAA